AUGACAGAAUCAAUGUUUGCAGAUAAGUGUAUAGAGCUAUUAGAACAAAACCUUGCACAACAGAAACUUGAUUUACAAAAAGAUAUUGUUGGUAUAAUGAGAGAUGGAGAAAGUCUUAGUAAUAGUGAAAAGUGUAUUGACAUUAUAAAAUCAUUAAAACAAGCAUAUGUACUCAAACAAAAUAACAAAUGCUCUGGUAUUUUAAUAUGUGGUGACUUUAACUAUGCAAACAUCAAGUGGAACGAUGAAAGUUUUAGUGAAAUUAUAAAUGACAGUGACACAACAGCAAACCUUAUUUUGACUGCUAAUAGCAACAGAGUUUAUUUUCUUGAACAUUUUCCACCGUUAGGUGGUAUCGAUUAUGGUCAUCAUGUUUUGAAAUUUCGAUUUGGACUAAGUGUUAAUGAAUGUUACGAAAAACGGCUAAGAAAAUAUGAAAUAGGAUGUGAAAAAUAUAUCCCAACGCUAAAUUUAGAUAAAAACUCUUUUCAACUAAAAAAUAACUCACUAUGGAUGACAAGUGAACUUAAAAGCAUGUGUAAAGAAAAGAAAAAAUGUUGGUUUAGAAACAGAAAUUCAGGUUUUAAAAGUCUUUUAGAAGUCAAUAAGUAUAAGAAAUUAAAUAAAGAUAUAAAAAAACUUGUCAAGAAAACCAUAAAGCUACUUAAUGGUAUUAUAACUACUGAUAAUCAAGAGGUAGUAAACACUCUUAAUGAAUUCUUUGCUUCUGUGUUUAUACAAGAUGACUCACCAGAAGAAGUUUUAGACGACAAUCUUUUAACAAAAUGUUCUGAUCCAGAUUUUAGUAUUUCUAUUAUUCAGAAACAUUUGAGUAAUUUAAACAUGUACAAAUCAGAUAAUGUUCACCCAAAAGUUUUAAAGGAAUGUUCAGAAUCUUUGUCAAGUUCUUUAGCAAUAAUAUUUGUUAAAUCGUUUAUUACAGGAUCUAUUCCAAAGUUAUGGUCAUGUGCAAACGUUGUUCCGUUAUUCAAAAAAGGAAAUAAACUAGAUCCAACAAAUUAUAGAUCGGUUUCAUUAACAUCAAUUGUUGAAACAUUAGAUUUAAUCACGCAAGCGUAUGAAGAAGAUAUUUCCGUUGAUGUUUUAUUUUUGGAUUUUAAAAAAGCGUUUGAUUCAGUCUCUCACACGAAAUUACUGAAAAAAUUAUUCAGACUAGUAUUUGUAUCAUCUUUGUUAAAUUGGUGUAAAUCAUUUUUGUCAGACCGAACACAGAGGGUUGUGAUAGGGGAAUAUAUUUCAAGUUGGAAGAUGGUUACUAGUGGAGUACCACAAGACGAUACCAAAGUUAUUUCAAUCAAUCAUUGUUAUGAUGAUAAUAAAAUAUUACAAGAGGAUAUUAACAGAUUAGUUAAAUGGUCUGAAGAUUGGUUAAUUACAUUUAAUGAAUCAAAAUGUAAAGUGAUGUAUAUUGGCAAAAAGAAUCCAAGAUAUGAAUAUAAAUUGAACAACUCUGUUUUAACAGAAACAAUGAUAGAAAAUGAUCUUGGGAUUUUCAUUUCAAAUAAUCUAGAGUGGAAAUAUCAUAUUAAUUCGGCUAUAGGUAAAGCAAACAGAAAAUUAGGCAUGAUCAAAAACUCUUUUGAGUAUUUGGAUGAACUUUCAUUAAAGUUACUAUACAAAUCGUUAGUACGUCUCCAUUUGGAAUAUGGAGCAACAGUUUGGAGUCCAUUUUGGAAAAAGGACAUUGACAAUCUUGAAAUUGUGCAACACAGGGCUACGAGAAUUGAUUCUUUAAGGGGAAGUCGUAUGAAGAAAAGAUUAAAGAUACUUGAAUUGCCAACUUUGUUUGAUAGAAGAAGAAGAGGUGAUCUGAUUCAAAUGUAUAAGAUCUCAAAAGGGAAAGAUAUUGUUAAUUUUUACCACCCUCCUUUAAAUUUUGAGCUGGAGCGAUCUAGUAGAAGUAACAAUUGUAGAAUACGCAGACAAUUUACAAAAUCAAGAAUUCGUCACCAUUUCUUUACAAACAGAGUUAUAAAUGAUUGGAAUUCUCUUCCACAAUGGAUAUUAGAUAAAGAUAAUUUGAACAUUUUUAAAAACAGUAACGAUAAUUAUUUCGGCUUCUGA